CUUUAUUAGGUAGUCUAACAUUUGAGUGGUUUUGCGUUGUGGUUCCCUCUUUCUAAGAAAAGCUGUUUGGCUUCGGACUAAUAAAGACCGUGCGCCGUGGAGCAGCUCCACCGGGGCAGCGGCACCGAGCCUGUUGCUGCACGACCUCCGUCUCUUCCGUGAAAACAUUUUCUUUGCUGUCAGCUUCAGACCACUCCCUCUCUCAGUGUGCACGGAAGAGCAGUGUAGUCUUUACUCGCUACGCUGUUGCCAUCAGACGUUUCUCUUCAGGACUAUGUGCGCAGCCGAGAAUGGUGGACGCCAACGCGCUUGAAGAACUCCAGACGGAGCUCACCUGCCCGGUGUGUUUGGAGCUGUUCCGUGAUCCGGUGAUCCUCGAGUGCGGACACCACUUCUGCCAGGUGUGCAUCAUCCAAUGCUGGGAAGCCAAGGCGGAGGAGUUGUCGAGUUGCCCAAAGUGUAGGAAGUCGUGCGGCCGUAAACUGCGACCCAACUCGCUUCUGUGCAACGUCGUGGACAGUGUGCGGAAAGCCCGGGCCAUGGACACAGCCUCGGGGAUAACCGGAUGGGACCCGGAAGGUGCGCUGGAGGAGCCGGAGGAACGGGAUCCUGGCUCCAGCAUGAGCAGCGUGGCCUCGUCCAUCGGACCCUGGCCGCGCCUGGGUAUGGAUAUGUGCGAGGAGCAUGAGGAGAAGCUGAAGCUUUACUGUGAGGACGACCAGCUGCCCAUCUGUCUGGUGUGCGGCAUGUCCCGGGACCACAAGACCCACAAUGUCAUCCCCAUUAAUGAGGCUUUUGAAAACUACAAGGAUAAGCUGUCUGUCACUCUAGAGGGGGUUCAGCUACAGACAGAGAAGGCCACGCUCUUCCAAAGACAGACCAAUGAAAAGAUCCUCUUCAUGAAGGAACGAGCAGGAGAUCUGGAGGAGCUGGUCACUGCAGAGUUUGGCCGUCUGAGGGAGUUCCUACUUGAGGAGGAGAAGUGCAUAAAGGAGAAACUGCAGAAGGAGAAAGAGGAGAAGCUCAACCAGCUGGAAGAGGUGCUCACUCAGACCACAGAGCAAAUCAGCCAAUUGGAAAGUACGGCCGAGCAGCUUCACCUCAAACUGAGGGAAGAAGAAAACCCAGAGCAACUCAAGGGAAUUAAAGAUUUCAUUGGAGGCGCUGAGAGCUUGUUUGAGCGCCCCCCAGAGGUCGGUGUCAGUCUGCAGCUGGGAGAGUUUCUAGGACCUCUGCAGUACAGGACCUGGAGGAAAAUGAGCUCCAUUUUACAGCCCGCUGUUGCAGCGGUGACCCUCGACCCGGACACAGCCUACCCUUGCCUGUGGGUUUCCCCGUGUCACACCAGCGUCCAGGUGGGAAAAAUCCAGCCCAACCUGCCCAACAACCCAGAGCGCUUCACCCGUUACAACAUCGUCCUGGGCUCUGAAGGCUACUCCUCUGGCAGACACUACUGGGAGGUGGAGGUGGGCUCCAAGACAGCGUGGGGUUUGGGCGUGGCCACAGCCUCCGUCAACAGGAAGGAGGAGGUCAGCCUCUGCCCAGAUGAUGGUUUCUGGACCCUGGUGCUGAGGGACAACUGCAACGGCACCAGUGAGUAUGAAGCAUGCACCGACUCAGAGGAGAGCUUGUUAUAUCCCUCCAAACCCCCCAGGAGGGUGGGUGUCUAUCUGGACUAUAGUCGAGGGGAAGUUGCGUUUUAUGAUGCAGGAGACAUGAGCCACCUCUUCACCUUCUAUGAUGCAAAAUUCAAAGAGCCUGUUUUCCCGUACUUCAAUCCCUGGCCGAUUAUCAAUGGACACAACCGUGAGCCGCUCACCAUAGUAACGCCACACUGGGCAUAGAUGUCCUUUUUAUCAAAGGCCUGACGCUCUGCAUCAGCAGAUUCAGAAUAAAACUGCAAAAGAAGAUUCAGCAGCUGAUGAACUUAGAUGGACUGUAAUGAGCAUCCACACAUCUGCUUGUUAUAAAGACUUUGCUGUAUUAAUGAUGUGGUGAUGAUGAACAGGCAGGUAACAUAAUUAUAAGACUGGAAAUAAGAAGAUGAAACGACUAAAGGACAAGACAAAUGACACUUUAAAGGAUAUGGCUGUUGAUAUUCUACAUUUUUCUUAUUGUCAACAAAUCCCAUGAAAAGACCAGAACCUAACAAACUUGUUAACUGACCUUAAACCGUUAGAUUUAACAAGAUUUGAAUGUACUAUUUAGAAGGGACGAGUGUCUGUGACCCAUUAAAAAAAUACCAAUACAACAAAUGUUAUUUUUCAUAAGGGGUUUAUUUUACAUGUGCAAAUAGCAACAUAAACAACAACAAAAGAACAUGAGGAUUCACACAUCGUCACAUUGUCACACACCUUCAGCGCUGUUGUCAACAGAGUAAAACAGACUGAAAAAAAGAGGCCUACACGAAAAAUAUUAAAAGUAAAUAGCAAAUAGUAGCCAGACUUUGUAAUGAAAAAAAAAAGAUUAAUAAAACGAAAACACACAUUGAAUCCUCCUGUAACGAAAACCUCCUACACUCUCGGAUGAACAAAAACAGUCAACAGGUUAACAAAAUGGAAACUUGUAGAGCAUUAGAAAUGGGGUAAAGCAUAUUGUUUGCUAAUGUAACCAAAAACUUAAAGGCUCCCUGUGGAGUUUUAGACCUCUAGUAGCGCUAUGGAGCUGUUUUUCUAUGAGUGGGUCCUUGUUUUGUUUAUCUCUAUCUGCCAAUGGUUUCACACUAUUCUACUGAACAGGUAGCGAUAACAUGCCAAGAUAUGCUGCAAUGUGCCAACAAAGACCGGUAAGAAGAAGACUGCUAGCUGGUAAACAUAAAUGUAAACAAUGCUGGAUUUAAAAUACUUAAUCAGCUUCAAAUUGUAUUCAAAACAUUUGUUCGAGCUCAAGGAUACACACAGUGUGUUUUGUUGAGUGACAAUGUCUGUUUGAUUACAAGAAAACUCCACAGGGCCCCUUUCAGGAAGGUUUUAAAAUUGUAUUGACUGAUUCUGUUGCAAUAUCUUACUGUGUGUUUUGAAAUAAUAUCUAACAAUAUAACUACAUAUAUAUUUUUUUACUGUUUUAUAGCUUUUAUGUAUCCAAUCCUGUUAUUCGACUGCAUUUAACACAAGUAAUAAUGACUUCUAUAUGUCUUUACUUUACAAGGGACACUUACCUCUGAAUGUCCCACCACCACACAAUGCUUUAAAAUGUCAUUUUAAAAUACUUUCAGAGUGUCUUUGAAAGUUAUGACCAGAGAAAACACUGUCUAGAUAUUUCACAUGAGAUUUUAAUAAAAUUAUUACAUUUU